AUGACAUUGACCGUCGAAAACACAACACAGAACAGCUUGGAGCACCCUAAUAUUUUUAUUGACGCAUCCGGGUUACCUCUGAAAAUCUAUGUGGACAUAACUGGUAUACCUAGGAGAGUCCGGUUAAUUCGUGCAUUGCGCCGUGGACCCAUGAAGAACUCAGGGGCAGAGAUAUGCCACGCACCCGCAGAUGCGAGUUUGUUUUUGAUCAACUCUAGCAGGGCUUCAGGAAAGCGGAUUCUUCGUGACUGGGGUACCGAUGCCGACGUAGUUUUGGAGUAUUCUUGGAUCCAGCAAUCUCUUUUCGCAGGCAGAGCGCUACUGCGAGAAGACAAUUGGGGCGGACUGCAGGCUAUUGAUGAUGACGCUCCUAUUCCUUCAGAUGAAGAGGACAAUGGCGAUGAUGGCCAAGCGGACGAACGUCAAAGCGGUAAGGUUCAUGGCCCACCUUCCACACCUUCCAAACAAGUCCACGGAACGAGUAGGAACUCGGUGAAUGAUCUCGUGCAUAGAUUGAGUAUGUCUGCUCAAGGAACUAGUGCUCAGCUCUCUCGGGAUCAAGCUAUCUCGAUAUCGGAAGAAGACAUUCCUCACGAUCCAGUUCUCGCUAUCACUGGCUUCGUAAACAAUGCAAUAACGUUGUCUCGACAGCACAAUAUCGAUACAACCCCUCUUGAAACCUUUUUGGCCGCUCUUCCUUUACCUGAUCCAUCACCCCAGCCGCCCUCGCCACUCCAUCAUGCUUCACCAACACCAAACUCGGCACCCGGCCGUACCUCACAGGACCCGCUCUCCCGGCCUUGCGAUCGUUCACUAGUACCGGUCUCACAACUCUCUCACCCCCUACCAGAACCGUCCUUGCAACAUUAUAACCCUCCGCAAGAGUUAUCCUCGCAAUCUUUUGAACCUUCACAAGAACGACAGGAUACUCUUGUUGACUCUUCCUCUAUUCUCCCAUAUUCCCAAGAUAAGGAUGCUGAGGCUAUCAUCGGGUCUGUAGGAGAUGAUGCGUCGGGCCCUUAUCCAGACGAGGACGAGAUCGUUUUCCUCGACCCUGUCUUUUCCGGAGACAACGGGACCGCGUCCUCGCCUAUGCAGCCUCCACCCCUUUCAUAUUCUCAACGCGUCAACCUCGCCUCUUCGAGUCACACAGCCCGGAUAUCAACUCCGCCAGCUGAGCGACCGGAGUUGUACAAGCUGUUCACGAUCGAGCCCGACCAUCAACUGUCAUUUUACGUAGCAGAUCUUUACUAUAGCCCUGAGGUUGUCCGGGCUAUCGAGAAACAUGGCGGAAAGAUUACAUCCCACAUCGCCGCCGCCACUUUUGCGAUCUUGAACCCCAAACUGCCAUCGUUUGAGCUUUCGUACACACAAGCCCUCGCCUACCAGACACCAGUCAUACAAGCAUCUUAUGUCCAUGAUUGCAUCCAAGCCGGCCAACUGCUGGAAUACGAAGACUACAAAUCAGACGAAGUGCAGCCAAGCAAAAAGAGAGAACGACCACGCACCUGUGACGACGGGGAGUCUCCGCAGAAAAAGCCCCGUACUUCCUCGAAUUUGCUCGAGUUACCAGGCAUCGGGGAUAUCAGCGAGAGCGAUCUCGACGAAAUCCUUGCUUCUGUGGGAGGAUCCAUGCCGAACACCGUGUCUGUGCAGGAGCCUCCGAACAGUUCGCAGGCAGCCACAAGGUUUCGGUUUACUGCGGGCGAGUGGGAUCACUGCUGGAGACUUGUUCGCCAGCUCUUAGAGGCAGAUCAGACCAUAGGCGUCCACAGGGCCAGUGAUCAACUUCACAAGCAGUUACGAAAUCACAGCCAAGCAUCAUGGUAUAGGGCACUUUUGAGGAAGAAAGGCAUGUUCGAUAGUAUCAAGGACGACGUUGUGGCUAUGCGUAGGGCGAAAGACAAUCUAGGAUUGACCCAGUGGGUUGCAUAA